CCCUCCACUUCCUGAUUGGGUGGAAGACGUGGAGGCGGGGCUUGGCGGGCUGUCAGUCUCCUCCUGCAGAGUGUAAGGCGGAAGCGGGUGCAGUUGCAUUUUUGGAAAAUGGCAUUUACUGUAUUUAUUUACGUAUGUUUAUUAUUUAUUCGGGCGUUUCUAUAUUGUCUUUCUCCAAGGACUCAUAAAUAAAACACAGUAGUAUAAAUUAUCCUUCAAAAUGUAUUGUCGAAGGAAGGCUUUUCCGGGCUGCCUGGCCAUGUUCCAGAAGCAUUCUCUCCUGACGUUUCGCCCACAUCUAUGCAUGGAAGAGGAAGAAGAGGAGCCCGCGGAAGAUGUGCCCACGGGGCUCUCCUCGCUGGGGACCGUGGAGGAUGAAGACGAGGAGAGGACCGCGGGCCAGACGGGGGACCGGCAGUCCUCCUCCAGUGCCCGGGAGGUGGACGAGGAGCUGCUCCCGGCCACCUCCACCUUCCCGGGGGGUGACGAUGACACCACCACAGCCCUGCCCCAGACCACCACCCUGGAGGAGGACGGGGGGCCCGGGGAGAGUUCCCUGCCCAGCUCCGAGUGGGGCACCACGGAGCCCUCUGGGCCCCCCGGGCAGAGUCCCAGCGAGGAGGCCUCCUCCCUGGCCCAGGAGAGCUCCGAGGGGCCCUUCUCCUCCUCCCCGGGCACCACCUUCUCGCCCCCCACCUCUCCCCUCUCCUGGAAGAGACGCCAGGAGGCCCAGCGCUCCCAGCUGGAGGAACAGGAGGAGGAGAGCCCCAGCACCGGGACCACGGGGGGCCCCUGGACGGAGCCCAGCACCAGCCCUCCUCCACCCAGCAGCCACGAAGAGCAGAGGAAGGCCAAGAGGAAGGCCAAGAGGACGGCCCUGGAGUAUUCGAUGAGGCCGAUUGUUCCGGCUGAGAAGGCCGAGCUGGUCUCGGUGGCCAAAGCGAUGCACCGGGAGAACUUUGGCAAGAACGUCAAGGAGCUCUUCCACCUGGAGAAGGAGGCGGCCCUUCGGUCCAUGCAGACAGGCCUCUACAUUGGCUGGCGCUGCCCCGAAUACCUGUGGGACUGCUUCCGGGUGGGCGACGAGUCCAAGUGCUUCUGUGGGCAUCUGCUGAAGGAGCAUCAGGUCUAUGUGGAGAAGCGUGCCACGGUGCCCUGCACGCUCCCCGGGUGCAAGUGCCAGGGCUUCAUGUUCAUCCCCUCGCGCCCGGAGGAAGUGGGCGAGUUCUGGCUGCGGAGGAGGACGGGCUUCGACCCCUCGACCUGGAGGGCCCAGUGUCGCUGCAAGCACACCCACGAGGAGCACCUGCCCCACGGAGCCCGCGCCUGCAGGUUCAAAGGUUGCUCCUGCCUGGCUUUCACCUCCAACUUCUUGUGCGCAGCCUGCGACCGGCGAUGGGAAGAGCACGAGACCUUCUUUGAGUCGGAGGAGACGCGCCGCAAAGGAGGCCGGCCGUGCGGAGAGGCCUACCUGCCCUUUGCAGAGAUGUCCGAGCUGCGCAAUGCCGUGCUGAACGGGCGGCCCGACGACCCCUCCGCCUUCCAGGCCCUGCAGCAGGGGCAGCCCCCCGGGGCCCUGGGCGCCCCCUCCGGCUCACGCCCUCUGCCUCUUCCUCCCCCCCCCAGGGCCCUGGAGGCUCCCCGAGAAGAAUGGCAGGAAGGCCUGAGGCGGACAGAGGCCAGAGAGGGUCGCCUCCCCGAAUAAUGCGGCGCAGGCGCCAUUCAAUAAAGGGGCAGAGCCCCCCUCAGGCAACAACCCCUUCUCUGGCUCUCUCUUGUUAGUGUGUUUCUGUUGUUAGACUGAAAUGUUAUAUCAAGUUAUGCUUUGGGUGUUUGCAACUGUGUGUUUUCUGGCAAAGCAUUCCAGCAGCACAAGGGUUAAGCACAAGCAUGCUUGAUUGAUUGCCCACAGGACCAAUAGGUCAGGGCUUCCGUUUUGAACUGUCUGGCCAGAACUCAUGAACUCAGGAAUGCGGGAAGUGCCAGCUUCGUGGAGAUAACAGCCAAGCCGAGCUGAGAAGACGCGCUAUGUGUGUGGAGAGCUAUGGCUUUUAGCAACUGUAUAUAUGUAAAAUAAAGAAUUUAGACCUGCUGGGAUCAGCAGUAAAUGAACGACGCAGCUGUAGUUUUGUUGGUGCCACUUUGCUGCUGCAGAAAGUGGUCCUUCGGGUGAGCAGGCGAAGAGAAACUGACUCACCAAGUCAGUCGGGGUGACAGAGGAGAGAUUCAACUCCCUAGCCCAGCAUCCACACACCCUGACAUCUCUCUCUCUCUGUUGUGGGUCUGGGGCCAUCCUGUCAUGGAUUACAUAGCACUGAGCCAUGGCUGUGAAAGUGCUGUCAAACCGCAUUCAUUCUAUAGUGUAGAUGCACUCCAAAGUGUGCUGCAUGGCAUUCAACAUGUAGCGAUUUCAGCAGAGACCUGUUAUACCCCAAGGCAGCGUGAGCACUCCAAAACCUGACAGGAGUCAAUAUAUCAUAUCAUAUCAUAUCUUUAUUAAAGCGAAUAUAAAUCCAGAUGAAAAUAGUUAUAGAGUUUGAGGAGGAAAUAGUUCUUUCUGAAAAGUCAAAUAUGAUCCCAGAUAGGUAAAAGGAAAGGUCCAAUAUUAUAAUCCACAAUGAGAACUCAUUAGCUCUCCCAAGAAAUCAAAGUCCAUGAAUUGCAACAAGGAAACAAGGCUGACAGAAAACAGAAUUCUAGCCUUAGGCAACACUUUGUAGUGAUCACGGCAGCAAAGUUGUCAAAGCGGAGGCAAUCUUGAAACAGGAACAAGGAAAUAACAACCGGAGUAAAAUCAAGGGCUACUAAAGAGUCGCGGUUCAGCUCGGCCCAACUGGAACUGGAACUGGAAAUACUUGGCUUGGAAACUGGAGCAAAAUACGGAGAUACCUCUCUCCAAUGAAGCAACGUUGACACCGCAAAGAAUCCACAGUGCAAAAUGUUUUUAAGGAUCCUAAACUGAAUCCCCAGUAGGGAGAGCAAUACUCCCAAAAAGUUCCCAUGGAAACUCUAACCAUUAUGCCCUCGGGACGCCAGACGUUGACUUCUGCGAAGGCUUUGUUUAACACUUCUCUCACGAUUCAAAAAUUCUCUCCGAUUAAAACCCUCGUUCUCAGGCGAGCUGAGAACAUCUGGCCCAGACAAGGAAGUCUCCCUUCCAAUUAACUGCUCUUCCUGGCUGAUUUCACCAGGCACCUGGAACUGCAAAGGUUUUUCUGAACUGGGUGAAAAGUCAUAAUAAGCCUCAUCUGUGUCAGAGUUCAGCUCCUGAUCAGGCUCUGAAGCCAUGGCUGGCUGGUGUGUAACAAGACCAUUGAUAGCAGGUACGUGCCCAGUGAGCUUCCACUAAAUCAGAUCAGCCAGGACAGAAAACAAAGCUCUUUGGGUUUGAAGGCAAAUGAAAGAGGUUUAUUGUAGUUUGGCCAAAAGGGAUGCAAGUCCUGAGUCACCACUUGAAAACGUAUAGUUCCCCAAACACAGGGAAAUGCAUGGCUUUAAAGAAACUUUUGACAGCUAUUCAGACUUCCCGUGCCUCCUGCUGAUUGGCUGAGAAAUGAGUUCACUAUGAUCCGUGUUGUGAUUUGCCAGGGGUUCCCUUCAUGUCACAGGUGAUAUGAUCAGAGAUGACCCCCCCCCCCCAGGAAUCUGCAAAAGAUAAUUCAAAAUCAGGGAAUUCAUAGUUUUGCCAAGGACACCAGGUUGGAAUGAUCCCAUAAUCUCUCCCCCCCCCCCCCCCCGCCCCAUGUGGGAACCUAAGGCUUUUAUAAACUCUUUGCCAAACUUUAUGAACCUUUAUGGACUUUUUGGGGGGGGGGGACUGACGUGACUUCCCCUUAGACCCUGCAUGAUUCCCCCUCUUCCUAUGAACUCUGUGUAUGCUCCCCUGCCCCAUUCCUCAUUCCCUAUGUGUAUAUAUGCCUACCCUGUUUCCCCAAAAAUAAGACAGUGUCUUAUAUUAAUUUUUGCUCCCAAAGAUGUGCUAGGUCUUAUUUUCAGGGGAUGUCUUAUUUUUCCACAAAGACAAAUUCACAUUGAUGGUUGAAUUUUUAAAAAUGAAAAUUUAUUAUCUACUGUACAGUAGUUGUCAUCACAAAAUAGCAUAACCAAACUGUGAAUCCUUUCAAGAAUUUCUAUAUUAUAUUUUAUUGCUAUACUGUUUUAAAAUUACUGUUUUAAAUUUCUGUUUGUAUGUAAAUUUAUGUUGUUGUUGGGCUUAUUCCUGUGUAAGAUGCCCUGAGUCCCUUCUGGGAGAUGGAGAUGGGAUACAAGAAUAAAGUUAUUAUUAUAUUAUUAUUAUUAUUUCUUGUUACUACCUUUAUUUCCAUGAACAACAAUCUAUGGUAUGUACAUUUACCGAUCCUGCAUGCUUCCAAACAAAAACUUUGCUAGGUCUUACUUUUGAGGAAGGCCUUAUAUUUAGCAAUUCAGCAAAACCUCUACUAGGUCUUAUUUUCUGGGGAUGUCUUAUUUUCAGGGAAACAGGGUAUAUGAAAAAUAUGAAGGAAAGCAGGCUGGUUCAUAAAGCCAGCAACUCAUGACUCUUGGAGCUUCCAAACUUCCUGAGCCAAUAAUCCCCUAACAAAGGAUUUCAUCAAGCCCAUUUGCAUGGACCAUAAAUAAAUGGCUCUUACCUGACCAGACCUCGGAGGGCUGAAAGCCAGGCCAUCUGGAAUGAUAAGGUCUAUGGACAUUUUGGAUCUACCCAACUCAAAGGGCAAUUCUCUAUCUGCGAGGAACCAGGGACUUUGCCACCACCUCCCCGCUGUGUCACAUCCUGAUCCGAAACCAAGCUUCUACUCCAACAGUGAACUCCAUAUUACAGCAAGACAAAACAAAAGGACCUAGCCUCUCGGGUCUACACAAAGAUGCAGAUUCAAAAGAUUAAGACAAUAACUCAGAUUCAGCUUGGAAGCCUAAGCUAUCGCUGAGUCGUUGGGCAAACAUUGGUCACCUUAACGCUAUCAUCUUUGUUGGUGUAUUUUGGUGUAAGGGUCAAAUGUUGAAUCAAGUGUUUUGCUGGUGGGAGUUUUUCCAACUGUGUAUUCUGGGCAUGCUUUCCAGCAGCACAAGGGUUAAUGGCAGGCCAGCUUGAGUGAUAGCCUGCCUAGCCUAUAGGUCAAGACUUCCGGUCUCAGACGACGCAGAAAAGCUUCGCUGAUCAGCAAAGAGAGAGGACAUGCUUUGCCUUUGUUAAGGGAAGCAUGUGUCCUAUGACUUUUUAGCUUGUAAAUAUUUUGUUUAUAAAUAAAGCCUUGGAACCGUUGCAAGCAGCUGAAUUAUGAGUGUGGUGUCGUUUGUCGCUGCUGCUUAGCCAGAUGCUCAAGCAGCCUGACAGAGGAUGGAUUGGUGAGAGGCCUGGCUCACCAAUAAAUCAGGGUGGUUCGGAGCUGAUUAACCCCCGACAAUUUUUACUUCCCCUUCAUUGUUUCCCGCCUAGCCCGCCUCCUCCCUUCCCAUUGGCUGAGGAGCCAAAGCAGGGCAAGCACUCUGAUUGGACAGAGCGCUGCUGGGCACAGCCACCCCUCCUGACCAGCUGAUGCCUUCCACCAAUCAGCGGAAAGCUGGCAUGGGGGGGGGGGGGCAAGGGAAAUUUGAAUUUGACAGCUCUUUAUUUAUUUAUUAUUUAUUUACAGUAUUUAUAUUCCGCCCUUCUCACCCCGAAGGGGACUCAGGGCGGAUCACAUUACACAUAUAAGGCAAACAUUCAAUGCCUUUAACAUAAAACAAAGACAAGACAAACAUAGGCUCGAACUCAUGACCUCUUGAGUGAUUUAUUGCAGCUGGCUGCUCACCAGCCUGCGCCACAGCCCGGGCCUAUAAAUAUUGUGUUUCUUUGCCCGUUGAGUUAUGUCGGCUCCUGUUGUGACUCAGCCUUUGCUUUUGUGUGACUCUGAUGAGGAUUCUGGGUUAUAUGUGUAUAAUGAUGGGAUUCAGGAUGAAUUUGAAGAUGAUUCUGAUGCUGGGAAUUAUAGGAGCGUUCCGGCUGUGGGAAACGAAGAGCAGGGAGUUGUUCCCAUGGGAAUAAAUCAUGAUGUUGUUUCUAAUGAGGAAUUUCAGGUGCAGGGAGCAGAAAGGGAGGAUAGCGCUUUGCCUCUGCCUGAUAACAGUAACAAGCUUAGUGGCCUUGACUCUGAGGAUCUCGAUGGGGCUACAAAACUGGAAGUUAGAGGGUUGCGGAGAAGUCUUCACAUAGCUAAUAAAGGGGAAGUCAAAGGGCAAAGGAAUGCCUUUAUGUCAUGCUUUGAAAACAAUCUGCUGGAAGAGAGAUCUCUGUCAAUGCAACUUCAUCGCUAGAUCAAGAAGCACGUCCACUUCCUGUACCAAGUUUGCUUUUGUUGGGUUAUCUAAGCAAUCAUGCAUGCAUUUUCAAUGGGGGAUGGUUUAUGUAGUUAGUUAUGUUUGUUGCUUAGUAACCUGAGCCAAGCUGCAUUCCAGAGUGUAAGCCACCAUUUAAGGGUUUUGCAUAUGAAAUGGGAAAUGGGAGUAUCCUUUCUGGGGACACACAGGAAGUGAUGUACAGAUGCCUCUUCCUGUCUCUUCCUCUUUGCUCCUGCCAUGCCAUGCCAUGCUGAUGUUCCUGUUUGUUAAGAGAUAUGUAGUAUCCGAACUGUUUUUCUUUUGGAACUAAGAUGAUUUUGCCUGUACGACCAUCAUCAUACAAGAUUGUGAGUAAACAUAUUGUUGCUAUUUUA